AUGUCUGCCAUGCCUGUUACCCAACAGAAGGAGGCGAACGCCCCUCGUACUCAGGACAACACCGUUGACUCUGCCCUCUCCAUGACGUUCACUGAGAACGUGGAGAACGAGCUUGCAAGCUCUGAGGGCUCCCAGAAUGAAUCGAACAUGGGAAACUCUCAGAUUAAUCACCCUCUGUCCAACAACCAUGUCAACUCCUCUGCCGAGAAUUCCGGUAUUGUCCUCAUCGAUGGUGUGCCAUUCAAGUUCGAAACAAUCUCGAUGAUGGGCGAAAAGCUCAACAAAGCUCGUCGCGAACGCAAUUUCCCUGCCACCAUCACGCCUGCAUACAAUCUCAAGGCGAUUAUCGAUGACUAUGAGGAUCUCGUUCGACUUGAAGCCGCUCGUGAGGCUGCCGCAGAUCCCAGAGAUGAUGCAUUCCGCCCCGAUGUCUCCGCUUUGUAUGUCAAGAUUCAACGACGAAUCCAAGACCGUGACCUUACCCACGGCCAGGUUGCUGCUGAUUCCAAUGUCCGCGCUCGCCUUAGCGGAUUCGCUAACAGUACUGGUGCUGAGACGGGCAUGUACAACCUCAUGCGCCAUGCUAUGAACUCGGUUCUUCGCCUCAACAACCUCACCGUCGAUAGCGAUAACAACCACGUCGAUGCUGUUGUUACUCGUGUUGUCAAUGAAAUUCGAGCCACUGUUCAAGGUCAGGUUGCUCGUGGUGCUCACGGCGUCGAUGGGGUUAAUAUGGACAACGUCUUAGAGAAUGUCUUCGGUGCUAUUGAACAUGCUCUUGGUGACCGUAUCGAGUCUCAAGCCAAUCGCCUCAACGAGAAUGCCACUCGUGCUGACCAGCAGAUCAAUGCCAUGAACAAUAUCACCGAUGGACACAACAUCCAAAUCAACGCCAUCGCCGGUCAUGUCAACGCGAUUGAAAAUCAUGUUCAUGCCAUGGGUAACAAUGUCAACGCCAUGGGCACUCUCCUCAACUCUACCAAUGGCAACGUCACCUCUCUGACCGCCAGCAUUACCGUUCUUCAGACCAUCGUCAACAUAAUUCCUCAGAUGGUUGCAAGAACAGUUGCAGAUAUCCUUCCCGACGCGAUUCAUAGUCCUGUUCAAGAGGCUGUUCAAGAGGCUGUUCAAGAGGCUGUUCAAGAGGCUGUUCAAGAGGCUGUUCAAGAGGCUGUUCAAGAGGCUGUUCAAGAGGCUGUUGAGGCUGCCAUCAGCAACGACCUAUUCAAUCGCAUGCAGACAUUCGUUGAUGCAUCUCGUGCGAACGCGGCCGCAAAUGAACGACCACCGAGUUACAAUGGCCGUAACAAGAAGCGCAGCUGGUUCGGCAAGCUCAACAUCUUCAAGAAGCACAAUGGCCGUCGCAAUCGCCCAUCGGGCAAUGGCAACUAGACGAGUAUCUUCAUUCUGUGUCAUUUCAUCGUUGGUUCUGUUGAGCCUUUAAGAUAUGCCCUACACAUGACGCUCUUCUCCUAGUUGUUUCUCGGCUGUUUCGCCUCACAUCUUAUGCUCGGAUCUGAGUCUAUCAUAAAAAAGGCCAGGUCUUGAUUUCUUCCACAUAUUUGGUGUUAAACUCGAACACCCACGCACAUCUACCUUCACAGAUCUAUCAAUGCCAUCUGUGACGUUCAUACGCAGGCUCUUCUGCAUUUAUUUCUUAUCUCGACCGAAUGAUUUUAGUUAAGUCACUCGUUCAAUGCACGCACAGUCUCGGGGGUGGUAUAAUAAAGGGAAAAAGGAAAUAGAUUGACUGUCAGGAGUUUAGUUGUCGGCGUACAACAUGAUUUGUGAGAUUUACGAUGGUUAUGGGAGAUUGACCGGAGGAAUAACCUACAU